UGAGUGACCAUGACGGGUCUUUUGAAGAGCUUGACGGUGAGAAACUGGCUCACCUUUGUUACGAGUGUUUUGGAGUGUCUGUGUUUCGCAGGAGCCGUGUUCGGAUGGGCUUCGCUUGCUUUUGUCCUGAAGACGGAGGGCUACUUCAGCUCUCUCUGUGUCAACACCACAGGAGUCAAUGAAACACAGGUCUUAGAUUGCAGUGUACAGGAUGAACAGUUCUCUCUUGUCUUCACCAUCGCCUCCUUUAGUUUCAGUUUCCUGACGCUGCCCAAUGGUUUCCUCUUUGACCGGUUUGGUACUACAGUGCCUCGACUCUUAGGAAUAUGUCUUUUCACCACGGGGACCUUGAUGUUUGCCUUCUCAACUGCAGCUUGGUCCAACCUGCUGUUCCCAGCUCUCUCCCUCGUGGCACUGGGUGGCAACUUGUUGCUUAUGACAGACAUCCAGGUAGGAAACCUGUUUGGACAACGUCGUUCCACCAUCAUCAAUCUCCAUGUCGGAGCCAUCGGGUCUUCCUCAGCACUCUUCCUUGUCAUCAAGCUGUUACACGAGGCCGGCAUCUCUCUCCUCGCCUCCUUCCUCUUCCUGUCCACCUGCAGCGUCUUCCACCUCCUCAGGACUUUCUUCCUGCUGCCCAGAGACCACAUUCCCUACCCGCUGCCUGAUGACUACACAUACGGGACAACCUGUUGUAAAGCAAAGACUCUCAGCUUAGAGAACUUAACAGCGAAUGGUAACGCUCAGAUGACAACAGAGGAAGUCGAGGUCGUCCCUGUGAAACAAGAGAAAAGUUUCCGUGAGUGUUUGAAGUCCAGGCUCUUUUGGUUGCACCUGCUUUGGUUGUCGGUGAUGCAGCUCAGACAGUACCACUUCAUCGGCACCCUCAACCCCAUGCUGCAGCGGCUGACGGCGGGAGAACUUUCACUGGUGAGCCAGUACAUCAAUGCCUUCUCUAUAAUGCAGGUGUUUGGCGUGGUGUGUGCUCCCUUGAACGGCCUCAUCAUGGACAGACACAAGGGCAAACCCCGUGCUGCAGGAGAGAGUGAACAGGAAGCAGACCUGAGGGCCUCGGUGCUUUCUCUCCUCUUGACGGCGCUGCUGGGUGUGUCGUUCUCAGCUUGUGCCACCAUCUCAAACCUGCCGCUUCAGUACUUCACCUUUGUCCUGCAGAUGUUCAACCGCUCCUUCCUCUUUGGCGCCAACGCAGCCUUCAUCAGUUUGGCUUUCCCAUCAUGCCACUUUGGAAAGCUGUUUGGUCUGGUCCUGGCUCUGGCUGCAGUGUUUUCUCUACUGCAGUAUGCCUGCUUCGCCCUGGUGAAUGAACCUUUGAAUGUAGACCCAUUAUAUGUCAACAUCGGUCUGACGCUGCUCACCCUGUUCGCCUUCAUCCAUCCCCUCUCUGUCUUCCUGCACUGUCGAAGUCUCGCCUCCAAGCGAGCCAUCAAAGCCUCCUCUUAACCAUCA